AUGCUGGAGACGCCGGCGCUCGCUGGCAGUGCGCGCUCCGCGCGGGCUGCAGCUGGAGGACGAGCGCGCCACCCGCACACCCACCUCCCCGCACUCCCGCCCCGAGCGAGGGCGCCCCGCUUUGGGCGCCGACUUCGGGGUCCGUGUUCGGCCUCCCCCGCCUCCGAGGAAACGCGCCAAGGAGCUGAGGAAAUCCGGCGCCGACUCUCCCAGCUGGCACCAGAGCCUUCCGCUUCGCCGAGAUCCUCUCCAGUGCUCCUGAGGACGCGAGCGGCUUCCCUAAGAGCGAACUUCCGCGGGCAGGGACGCCGGGAGAAGAGGACUCUGAAUCUUGGGAGCUGUCAGAGCAGGAGGAAUGUUUGGAAGUCAGAUGCAUCCCAGUUGUACGGGCACUCUGAGCGCCAGAACAGUCCCAAGAGUGACCUAGGCGUGCCUUCUUCUGCCUGCUGCCACAACAUCCUCAACUCCCAGCCCAGACUGGGCACUCCUGCUUUCUUUCCACUCUGUAGCCUUCCACUGGCUUUCCAGGAAAUCUUAUUGCUGCGAGGCAGAAUGGUUAGCGCCAGUUUGCAAGGGAGAAUGCUGAAAUCUUAUUGCUGCGAGGCAGAGUGGUUAGCGCCAGUUUGCAAAGGAGAAUGCUGACUAAUUAAGAAAGCAUCGCUUAAGUAUUUUGCACAUGUUAAGUACUCUUAAUUAACGAGUUGUUUGGUAUGAAAGGCAUAUGAUUUGGCACAUUGCCAUCCAGAUAUCCAAGCUAUCAAAGGAUGAAAAUUGAAGCAAGGAGAGGUUAAGUGACCUGCUGAAGACCACACAGCUGGCAUUGGCAAGUGGCAGGAGAGGGAUGUAAACCCAGGAAGUUUGACUCCAGAGCCUGCACUCCCAACCCUCAUGAUUGUACUGCCUCACAGGGAAAAGUAUUCUUACUUUUUUUUUUUUUUGAGGCAGAGUCUCACUCUGUCUCCCAGGCUGGAGGGCAGUGGUGCGAUCGCAGCUCACUGCAGCCUCGACUUCUUGGGUUCAGGCAAUUCUCCCACCUCAGGGAUUACAGGUGCAUAUCACCAUACCUGGCUAGUUUUUGUAUUUUUAAUAUAGAUGAGGUUUCACCUUGUUGGCCAGGCUGGUCUCGAACUCCUGAUCUCAGGUGAUCCACCCACCUCAGCCUCCCAAAGUGCAGGGAUUACAGGUGUGAGCCACUGCACCCUGCUGGGGAAAAUAUACUUUUAUGUGCAUGACCAUCAAAUUAAUCACCACAUUUUUUUCUUUUGAGCGUCAGACUAAAAAGAAACACAUUUCAAGAGACAUAUGCCUUCUGUAUCUCAGCGCCCACUUUUGAAAUCUUGAAGGUCAGAGCUUCAAAUGAGCCUGUGUUUGUCUGCAGAAUGCUGGGGGAAAAGGCUAAGGGAUGAAGGUUUUAUGUUGCGGAGCUCAAACCCAUGUCAGCCUUUCUAACCAUAACUAUUUAGAUUAUCCAUUUAUCUGAGCAGCUUAAAUGGAUUUAUAAAUAUUAAUUAAUAAAUUAUUAUAUUCACUCUCUGUAUAAUUUGUACGUAAAAUAAUAUUGCUGCCAUGAAAAAUAAUAUAUUACAUUUAGUAGAUGCUCCCAAUGCUUUUCAGCCUCUGGUCAUGUUUAUGUACCUCACAAGGCUCUGGACUUCAGUUGAUAUUGUAUAAAUGACUCCAUAUGACUAAACCAGAAUCUUUCUCUUCCUAAAGAUGCACAUCAGUGGAAAUUCAUAGAAAGAAAACCCAAGCAUUUUAAAAUGCAGAAAGGAUACUCAUUAUAAAUAAGAGCAUAGCUGCUUCCAGCAACUAAAAGAUGCACAAAUGGGUAGGUGGAGGGAGCUUUGUCACUACAAUCACAUACCACUGCCCACAGUGUGGACCCCACAUACGCUCCCACGUACAGCAUGCCUCAUCCCCCACUCAGAGUUAGACUUCAUGCAUGUUUCAUCUUCCUAGUCUUCUUUCCGUGGUUCUCAAAACAACUACAUAUUGCCCCGGGGCUGCCCAAGGUCUUGGCCUAUAUGGCAUGUGGCAAGAUGAGGGUUCACCUUGCCGUUUCCUGCCUUGUUCCUCUUCACUCUUGCCACUUACAGGAGGCAGGUCUUUGAUCAUAAGCAUCAGAGGUAUUUAUGAGAAACGAUUAAUACCAAGAAUAGAAGGGUUAAUGUGUCUUGUAAAUGUGUUUCUCUAAAUUGUCUAAACUCCUAAGAAGACACCCAGAAAGGGCUGUAAAAAUCUACCGAUACAAUCCUACCUGCACUUGCCUGUUGUGGGCGCCUGGAGGAUGGAAGCAGCUUUCCCAGAAGGGCAGGAGAAGAGUAGGAGACAAGAGAAAAAGAUUUCCAGACACCUUUCUAAGGUUGACUCAACUUGACCUGACAUGAACCUCUCCAGAAAACAAAGAAAUGUUUUGUAACAUGCUCUGGACUUGAAAUGUGUUGUUAACCUGACCGGUACAACUUCUUAACACCUUCCCAGGUGCUUCAAUCCAUAAAAAUUGAGUGAUCCAUAGAUGAUUUUUGCUUAGAUGGGAUCUCCUUAAAGCAUGUGCUGGAGAUGAGGUCCAUACUCCAGGGAAACUUCCAGGCCCUAGGACACUGUACUGGCUAGUUAGGACCUGAAUCAGCCCCAGUGAUCUUGGUGACUCCAAUGGCCCAGAAAUAUCCAGCCAUACUAUUCAUGCCUCUGUGGCACUCCACCUCCCUUUCUUCUGCCCCAUACACAAAAAUGCCAUCAUGUUCAUUUCUGUGAAGGAGAUAGAUACAAACUGGGCCUCCUUGUUUACACCCCUUAUCACCCCUACAACCCUUUAGAUCAAAAUUAGAAAGGCUAAGAGAAUAUUUACUUCUGUAGGAGAACAGAAAAGUGAAUUGUUGUACCUGAGGGAGUGGUGUGAAGUUAAUCAGCCUUUACCAUAGCACCCCAUGAUAGGAUUUACUCUUUACACCUUCACCUCUUCCCAGAUCCUAUCCUCAAAUGAAUGACUUCAGUAGUUGUACACUUCAUAUAAAAUGAGAUGCUCUUCAGGAAAUUAGUAAAAUUUAUAUGAUAAGUUAUUUAAAUUUCAUGUAGCCAUUUAGGAAUUCCAGUGAGAAGGAAGUAAGGAAGAGUGGGAGGAAGGGAGGCAGGGAGGAAAGACAAAGAAAAGAAAUCUAAUGAAGAAAUUUAUUUGAGGGGUAUGUGGGAAAUUGUCCUAUGUGAGUAUCCCUUGAAAUCCAGAAUUCACCACUAAGAAUAGUUCUAUGAAAAAUACUCUGGAUUCUGUCCUUGAUUUAGAAUGUCUUUAAACACAACAGGAGAUAUACUGUCUAUUCAAUAUUGGAAAAGAAAAAUAUUAAGUGACAGAUUGUAAUUGCAGCCAAAUGCUCUGUCUUCAAUUUGAAUUCUGCAGUAAAUUAUCAGGAACAUUGAAAAAAGUCGAUGUGACUGUGGCCGACCCUGGACUUGAUCAAUACUGUGUCAUGUAGCAAAAUAAAGACUCUGAGCAUUAUCGAGCAAUGUAUCUUUUGUUCAGCACAACUUUAAUGGCAAUGAAGAAACUGUUGCUGAUGAUGACAGGUCUGCAAGCUCCUGCAUGAGUUGAUGAUGACCAGGAGCAAUGAGCUUGCACACACACACACACACAACACAAAAAUUGGACAGUCCUGAGGGGGAAAAGAAUCAAUAAAAGUAGAUUUUGUCCAUAACUCCUACAUCCUUAGUGAAACACCAGCUUGUGAGAUUUAACCACCUCAACACCUGGGGCUUGCACUCCCAGACCUGGUGACCCAAGCUGCCUUCCAGACAUGUGCAGGUAGACACUGUUUCACAGACUGGCAGCAAACACACUUGGGUCUCAGUCCCAGCCUUAGAUACUCUACCUUGUACUACACCGUAUAUUGUUGUGCUGCAAGUGGCAACAAGAUAUUUUGAAACCUCUGGACUUGGACGUGUAUUCUGACUUUAUCUCUUGCUCUCUGAGUGACAAUGGAUAUCUUUGGUUGCCUAUCAAGUGCCUCAUCUCUCUUUCUUCUUUAUUAAUGGAAUCCUGAUUUUAUUUAGGUACUACCUCUUCCCCAUGCAUCCCAUGUGACUUAAAGGAAACUGUCCCAGGGAAGUGGGUCCAGAAUGGUCUAAAAUUCAUUCAGAGAAUAUGAAAACUAUUUUUGUCCAGAAGGGACACAUCAUGUAAAUUGAUCUAAUCUAAUUGAAGUAUUUCAGUCAGUGUCCAACAAAGAAAACAAAACCAAUAUAAGUAUCUAAAGUAGGGGAAUUUAAUACUGGUUAAACUAGCAAAAUUAGUUACAAGGCUGUUGAAUGGUAAGAGGAGUAAAAAGGAGAUAGUAAGUUUACCAGAAGAUUGUAGCUCUCCUGGACUAGAGGAGCAAAGAGGAAAAUGGGAUUACACAGAGUCCGUGAUUACUGCCUCAGGAAAACCCCUGCAGUGUCCAUGGCUGCCACUGCCAGUGGAGAUGUCAAAUCUCCCAGCUAGAUCCAAAGGCUGGGCACACCAGCUACCUCCAGAGACACCACCAGAAGCCAGGAAACAAAGAAAUCUUCUCCCUUCCUCUCAUCUUCCAACCUCCUGGCAGUGCCUCCCAUUAUGACAUUAUCUAAUAGGAAGCUAGGUAGCAAGGGAGUCUAGGCUCUCAGCAAGAUGGUCGAGAAGAGAGAAGGGCAAGAACGAAGCUGAAAUACACAGGCACUAUCCAGCACAGGAAGUACACAUGAUCCAUACACUGGGGAGAGGGUUCUCUCUCAUGCAUGUCAAAGAUAAAUAAAUAAGAAUGGCAGCCCAGUUUCUGGUGACAGCCACCUUAUGUCCGUGGGGAGAACCAGCCACAGGAUGCAGCUGACUUGAGAAAUGGCACAGCAGAGAGAACCUGCUUUCCCGAUGGCACUAAUGGGCCAGUAAAUCCAUCAUCUUGAAGACUUGCCUCCUUCUGGGCAUUCUAUUUUGUACAAAAACACAUUUCAUUGUUGUUUAAGCUGGCUUAAGUUUAUUACAAACUGCUAGAGGUACCCUAAGAUACAUUCAAAAAACCUCAGUUUCCUUAUCUGUCAAAUGGAGCUAAUAGCAUAAUAAUGACAUUUGGUUGCAUAACAGUGUUGUAACUGUUAAAUGGAAUAAUGCAUGUAAAGCACCUGGCAUUUAGUGGUCACCUGACAAAUGGUGGUUUAUAUUAUUUUUAUUAUUACUAUCAUUGUUAAUGGAGUUAACAAUAUUUCUAACUGUGUUGCCAUGUAAAUAUAGCUUAAUAAUAAAUGUGGUCAGCCACAGACUGCCAGCCCUCCAUCCCUGCCACAUACAGCUUGCCAUGCUGAGGCCUACACACCACCAUCCACCACACAGCCUCCACCUCCCUUUUUGGUCUUCCUUGUAAGAACACCAGAGCCACCACCAGGACCUGAAGACUGGAUCAGUCUGGAGCUUUUCACCUCCCAUGGCUCUACUUUCCAUACCUCACUAUGGAAGCAGUAGGAUGAUGUGGAAUGAAACCAUGCUGAGAAACUGGCAAAACAGUAGAACCAGUAAGGUGGCCUAAUCUUCAUAUCAUCAGGAAACCAGACCAUGAGAAUUAGGAGAGUAAGCUGAGUACAGAGGAAUACGUUUACAUGUUUUAAAAAGUGUUGAGUCUUUACUGAAAUUAUCUAAAUAGGCCACUGAAAUUACCCAGAUUACAAAACAACCCUGGGUUGUGUGACUUUCUUGAGAAUCAUGACCUGAAUAAACAGGUGUAAGCAGCUUGCACGAAGUGGCUGCCAUAGACUCUGGCAUGUGGAGCAUCUCUUUGACAAGGCUUGAGUUGCCAUCCUAGGCUUGGGGCUGGCAACGCAUGUCCAUGGGGUUGACUUUCCAUGGUCACCAGUAUACUACACACAUCUUUGGGUCAUCUGCACUCUUCCUAUAGACUGUGCCAAACCAUCUACCUGUUUUUCCCUUCAAUAUUUGUAUCGUUCUUUUCAAUAAAGUAAGUUGCUAGCAGAAAAAUAAGGAUGGAAUGAAACCCUAGCCCCAAACUCUUUGAGGGGAUGGAUUUGAAGCUUCCUCUUGUCUCCACCUUGGACCAGCCCAAUGAUUAAACAUCAUUUAACCAAGAGGGGUGGCUCAUGCCUAUAAUCCCAGCACAUAGGGAGGCUGAGGCAGGUGGAUACCUUGAGAUCAGGAGUUCAAGCCCAGCCUGGCCAACAUGGAGAAACUUUGACUCUACUAAAAAUAUAAAAAAUUAGCCAGGCGUGGUGGUGCAUGCCUGUAAUCCCAGUUACUUGGAGGCUGAGGCACGAGAAUCGCUUGAACCCGGGAGGCAGAGGCUGCAGUAAACUGAGAUCACAUCACUGCACUCGAGCCUGGGUGACAGAGCAAGACUUCAUUUGCAAAAAAAGAAGCACGAAGGAAGGAAGUUAGUUCCCAAAUGAUUCUGAUAAUCAACCAAUGUGGGAAUCACUAUUCUAGUUCAGUUUCUUUAUACUGCAGAUAAAGACCUUGAAACUUAAUGAGAAUAAGUGACUUACCCAAAGUCAGACACAGAGGAAGUACAAAAGUGAAAACUGCAAGUUGGGUUGACUGUCGGGUAGUUAUGGUCUUUCCACCAGACUAUAUUGAGAAUUCCUUUCUUCUCUCUCUUUUUUUCUUUUUUGAGAUGGAGUCUUCCUGUGUUGCCCAGGCUGAAAUGGAGUACAGUGGUGCGAUCUUGGC